AUGUUUGCUGAAUUAGAGAACAAUCUCACCUGUGCCAUCUGUCAGGACAUUUUCAAAGACCCUGUUGUUCUGCCAUGCAGCCACAGCUUCUGCAAAGACUGCCUACAGAGCUGGUGGAGAAAGAAACAAAAACAACAGUGUCCUGUUUGUAAGCAAAUUACUAUGAGAGACCCGCCAUCUAACCUGGCCUUAAAGAACCUGUGUGACGACUACAUACUGGAGAGAAAUCAGAGAGCAGCAGAGUCCAAGGAUCUUUGCAGUCUGCACCCUGAAAGACUCAGACUCUUUUGUCUGGACCAUCAGCAGCCAGUGUGUGUUGUCUGUCGAGACUCAGAGAUACACAACAACCACAAAUUCAGACCAAUCAAUGAAGCUGCAAUGGAUUACAGAGAGAAACUAAGAAGAUCUCUAGAUCCUGUGAGAGAGAAACUUAAAGCUUUUGAAAAAGUUAAAGAAAAUUGGGAUCAAACAGCCGAUCACAUUAAGGUCCAGGCACAAAAUACAGAGAGCCAGAUUAAACAGCAGUUUAAGAAGCUGCACCGGUUUCUACAAGAGGAAGAGGAGGCCAGGGUCUCUGCUCUGAGGGAGGAAGAGGAGCAGAAGAGUCAAAACAUAAAGGAAAAGAUUGAGGCUUUGAACAGAGAGAUAGCAAUUCUGACAGAAACAAUCAGAGCCACAGAAGAGGAGCUGAGAGCUAAUGACGUCUCAUUCCUGAAGAAUUACAAGGCUGCAGUGGAAAGAGUCCAGCAGCGCCCCCUGCUGGAUGAUCCAGACCCAAUCUCAGGAGCUCUGAUCAAUGAGGCCAAACACCUGGGCAACCUGGGCUUCAACAUCUGGAACAAGAUGAAGGAAAUGAUCUCCUACACUCCAGUGAUUCUGGAUCCAAACUCUGCUCAUCCACUCCUCCUUCUGUCUGAAGAUCUGACCAGUGUAAGAUGCACAGAGGGACAGAAGCUUCCACAAAAUCCAGAAAGGUUUACUUUAGACCCCUGUGUCCUAGGCUCAGAGGGCUUUAACUCUGGCCAUCACAGCUGGGAAGUUGAGGUUAAAACUGAACAACUUUGGAGCCUUGGUGUGGUGCAGGAGUCUGUUCAGAAGAAUGGAAUUAUACUUAGUGGAUACUAUGAAAUUUGUUUUCAUAAUGGAAUAUACUUCGCAUUCUCUCCACCACUCAAAGAAAAAGUUCUGUCAGUAAAAACCAAGCUAGAGAGGAUCAGAGUUCAUCUGGACUUUGAUGGAGGAAAACUGUCAUUCUGGGAUCCUGAUAGUAACGCACUCAUACACACCUUCAACGACACUUUCUCUGAGAAACUGUUCCCAUAUGUUUGCAUGCUGGACGAUGUCCCCCUGAGAAUUUUACCAGAGAAAGUCUCAGUUACAGAAGAGAAGCCCAGGAUCCCACAUUCAGGCUUCUGGCCACGUCUCUUCAGGUCUUAG